AUGCCUCCCCGCGCCCACUCCAAGACCUCUCGUGUCCCCCGCCGACCCUUCGAGUCUGCCCGACUUGACUCCGAGUUGAAGCUCGUUGGCGAGUAUGGCCUGCGCAACAAGCGUGAGGUCUGGCGAGUCGGUCUGACUCUGUCCAAGAUCCGUCGUGCUGCCCGUCAGCUUCUUACCCUCGACGAGAAGGACCCCAAGCGUCUCUUCGAAGGUAAUGCCCUCAUUCGACGUCUCGUCCGUGUCGGUGUCCUUGACGAGUCCCGCAUGAAGCUCGAUUACGUCCUGGCUCUUAAGAUCGAGGAUUUCCUUGAGCGCCGUCUCCAGACCUGUGUCUGGAAGCUCGGUCUUGCCAAGUCUAUCCACCACGCCCGUGUUCUGAUCCGCCAGCGUCACAUCCGAGUCGGAAAGCAGAUCGUCAACGUUCCCUCUUUCAUCGUCCGUCUCGACUCCCAGAAGCACAUCGACUUCGCUCUUACCUCGCCCUUCGGUGGUGGCCGCCCCGGCCGUGUCCGCAGAAAGAAGGCCGCCGCCGCUGCUGGCGGUGAGGGUGGUGAGGACGAGGAGGACGAGGAGUAA